AUGAAUAUUUGCAGCUGUUGUUCAUAUGUUGGCAGAAAAAGUAAUGGACCACAAGCGAUAAGCAUUGGAAAGAAUUGUGAUAAAUUUGGUAUUGUUGUACAUGAAUUAGGACAUGUGAUUGGUUUUUGGCAUGAGCAUACACGUCUUGAUCGUGAUCAACAUGUUGAUAUAUUUUACAAAAGCAUUCAACAAGCGCAAGAUUAUAAUUUUGAAAAAUUGAAACCUGAUGAGAUCGAUUCUCUCGGUGAGCCAUAUGAUUAUGCAUCGAUAAUGCAUUAUGCUCGUGAUACAUUUUCUCGGGCAAUGUAUUUGGAUACAAUUUUACCAAAAGGAAAAUUUGGUGAACGACCAGAGAUUGGCCAACCUUGUGGUGAAACAUUGGUGAAAGAAUUCGGUGAAUUACGUCUGGAUGGUAGUAGUACCAUAUGCCAUUGGCGUAUCAUUGCGGCAUUUGGUGAAUUUAUUGUCCUCAACGUUUCCACGCUUGAUUUACCAUCACCAAAACGUGAUUGUGCCUCAGAAAGAGAUAAUUAUUUAAUUAUUCGAGAUGGUCAUUACAUUGGUUCACCAAUUUCAGAUAAACUAUGUGGUGGUGUCAUAUCACGAACAAUCGUUUCAACUGGCAAUCGUCUUUUCAUUCAAACACAAACAUCCUAUCCACUAUUUUCCAUUUUUGCUCAUUACAUUGCUAUUUGCGGUGGACAUAUUGUUGGUGAUAUUGGUACCAUACAAAGUCCACGAUAUCCAGAAAGCUAUAAACCUGAUGAAGAAUGCAAAUGGCUUAUUACGGUUCAAGAAGGCUAUCAAAUUGCUUUAACAUUUCAUUUUUUUAGUCUUGAAACACAUCGGGAUUGUAUAUACGAUCGAUUGGAAAUAUACGAUGGUACUGUAGUGGAAUCAGCUGCAUUACUUUCGAAAUUAUGCGGUCAGAUAAUGACCAAAUCACUUGUGUCACAUUUCAAUACCGUUUUGUUACUCUUUAUUUCGGAUAGUACGGUACAAAAAGAAGGUUUUCAUAUUAGUUAUGCUAAAGAAAUAGAUGAAUGUAAAUCAGAUAAUCAUGGAUGUGAGCAUUAUUGUGUGAAUAAAAUUGGUGGUUAUGAAUGUCAAUGUAAUAUUGGAUAUUCAUUACGUACAGAUGGCAAAACAUGUCAAAGUACAUGUGGUGGUAUUAUUAAAGGAUCCAAUGGAACAUUUCAUAGUCCAAAUUAUCCACUGAAUUAUACACCACUUAAAACAUGUGUUUGGCAAAAUUGA